AUGUCAAACCAAACCCCCGAAUCCUGGGAGGAUGACCUCGCCAGACAGGCCGAGGGCGUCAACCUGAACGCACAAUCUCGCCCUCAAGCUCAAGCGCCCUCGUUCCAGCCCGGCGCUGCCUCUUUCACCCCCGGAGCCUCUUCCUUUGUUCCUGGCCAGCAGUACCAGCAGUACGGUGGAUACCCAUAUGGCCAGUAUGGUCAACAGCAGGCCUAUGGCGGUUACCCCCAACAGCAGCAGCAACAGCAGGCCUACGGACAGUACAACGCCUAUGCUCAACAGCCCGGAGGAUUCAAUCAGUAUAACAAUGGCCAGCAGCAAUAUGGUGGCUAUCAGCAGCAGCCUCGCCAGGCUCCUGUAGCCCAGCAGCAACCCCAGCAGGCCGCCGCUCCUGCCCCCAAGCCUGCAUCCGCCGCCCCUCCCAAGGCCAAGGUCCUCUCCAUUGGUGCCACCUCCUCCAGUGCCGCCCCUAAGACCAAGGUUCUUUCCAUCGGAACUCCUACUCCUGCCAAGCCCGCCGCCGAAACCAAGGGCGACACCAAGGGUCCUGCAGCUGCUGAAGCAGGCGCAAAGGUCGCCGCCACCAAGUCCCUCGAUAAGUCCGAUAAGGCUGCUGCUACCAGCGGCAAGUCCUCUCCUGUACCCUCUUCUGGCCGCUCCAGCCCUGGGCGUUCCAGCCCGGCCCGUGGCGAGUCUGCCAAGCAGGCUCGUGAGGCUAACGCUGUUGCCAAGUCCCAACAGGCUGAUGUCGAUGAGGCUACCCUGAAGGAAAUUUACGGUGAGAAGAGAGAGCAUGUCAACGUUGUGUUCAUUGGUCACGUCGAUGCCGGCAAGUCCACUCUGGGAGGUUCACUUCUGGCUGCUACCGGCAUGGUUGACGAGCGUACGCUGGAGAAAUACAAGAGGGAGGCUAAGGAGGCUGGUCGUGAGACCUGGUACCUCUCGUGGGCUUUGGAUCUGACCAACGAAGAGCGUGCAAAGGGUAAGACCGUUGAGGUCGGCCGCGCUUUCUUCAAGGUUUCCAUUCCCUCCGACGAUGGCCCCGUUGAGCGUCAAUUCUCUAUUCUCGAUGCCCCCGGUCACAAGUCUUAUGUCCCUCACAUGAUUGGUGGAGCUUCUCAAGCUGAUCUUGGCUGUCUGGUUAUCUCGGCCCGUAAGGGUGAGUACGAGACCGGUUUCGAAAAGGGAGGUCAGACCCGCGAGCACGCUCUCCUUGCUCGUAACACAGGUGUUGAGAAGCUUGUUAUUGUGGUAAACAAGAUGGACGACCCCAGUGUCGAAUGGCGCAAGGAGCGUUUCGAUGAGUGCACAGUUAAAGUCAUGAAGUUCUUGGAAGCCCUUGGCUACAAGAAGUCCGACAUUUUCUGCAUGCCUAUCUCUGCUCAGCGCACCCUUGGCAUCAAGGACCGCAUCCCUAAGGAUGUCUGUUCCUGGUACGAUGGACCUUCUCUCCUCGAAUUUUUGAUUGAUUUCAAGCUUCCCGAGCGUAAGAUCAACGCUCCCUUCAUGAUGCCUAUCAGCGCAAAGUACCGUGACAUGGGUACUAUGGCUGAGGGCCGUAUUGAAUCCGGUAUUAUUAAGAAGAGCGGCAACUACCUCAUGAUGCCUAACCGCGAGGAGGUCUACGUUACCGCUCUCUAUGGUGAGACCGAAGAAGAAAUUCCCACUGCCAAGGUUGGUGACCAGGUUCGCCUUCGCCUCCGUGGUAUUGAAGAAGAAGAUUUCUUCCCUGGAUUCGUGCUCUGCUCUCCCAAGCGCCCCGUGCACUGUGUAUCUGCUUUCGAGGCCAAGAUUCGUAUUCUGGACUUGAAGAGCAUUCUCACCGCCGGUUUCAACUGUGUGCUUCACGUGCACUCUGCUGUUGAGGAGGUUACCUUCGCUGCUCUCCUCCACAAGCUCGAGCCUGGUACCGGCCGCAAGAGCAAGCGUCCUCCUCAGUUCGCCAACAAGGGCCAGACUAUUAUCGCUCGCCUUGAGAUUACCAGCUCAGCUGGUGCAGUUUGCGUGGAGCCUUUCAGCGAUUACCCCCAGCUGGGACGUUUCACCUUGCGUGACCAGGGUCAAACCAUUGCUAUUGGUAUGAUCACCAAGCUUAUCACCGCCGAGACGGACGCCGCCGAUGCUGCCGCUGCCGCCGAUGCUGCUGCUGCCGCCGAGUAA